CGUAACUCGAUUCCUCUGUUUGUCUCUCUGCCCCAAGUUACAGGCAGGCCCACUACUUCAACCCAAACACACUCCUCACUGAAAGUUUAACCGCAGUGGAUAUAUCGGCUGUUGACUGGUACAUUUGACAACAUGAAUCUCCAUUAGAGCUGAGAAAAGCAGUGUCUGGUCUGUUGGAGGGAAAGUCACGUAGUUUUUCGGGAUGCCUCUCCACAGCAUUUGGCCCUUGUGGAGCAUGAUUUGUCAGGACUGAGGGAAAGUCAGCAGCAUGGGCAACGAGGACAGCCUGGAGGAUGUGUUCGUUGCUGUCAUUCGCCCGAAGAGCCAGGUCAGCCUGAGCUCGAAGGAGUACAGAGCCAAAGCCUACGAGAUCCUGCUGAUUGAAGUGCCUCUGGAAGGGAAGGAGAAGAAAAGAAAGAAAGUCCUGCUGGCUACAAAGAUCCAAACAGGAGGAGACAAAUCCAAAUCUAUAUUGGAUUAUGUUGAUGAAAAAAUCCGACCUUUAUCCAAUAACCAAGGCUUCAUAGGAAAGCGUGUUGUGCAUAUGAAGAAAUUCCCCCUCGUCGGAGACAAUGAAGGCAAAGAGGCAUCUCUUUUUGUUGUGCCAGUCAGUGUUAAAGACAACAGCAAGCCUGUCUACACUCCCGGCAGCCCGAGCUUCUACUGCUUCCAGGACAUCAUGCGGGUGUGCAGUGAGACCAGCGCUCACUUCUGCUCCAUCACCUCCAAGAUGCUCCUAGCCUUAGACAAAUGGUUAGCAGAGCAGCACACAGUGCCUCAUGCCGUCCCUGCUCUGUUCAGACCAGCACCUGUGGAGCGGGUGAAGACCAACGUCAGUAACCCCGCCUAUGGCACCGAGGGCAAACCGAGCGACGAGGGUCUGCACAUGGGCUACACGGCUCUGGAGAUCAAGAGCAAGAUGAUGUCGCUGGAGAAGGCGGACAUGUGCAUCCUCAACCCGCUUUACGGCUCCGAUCUGCAGUACACCAACCGAGUGGACAAAGUUAUCAUCAACCCGUACUUUGGACUCGGGGCGCCCGACUACUCCAAGAUCCAGAUCCCAAAGAGAGAGAAGUGGCAACAUGGUGCCAACUGUGUGACAGAAGACAAGGAGCGGCAGUGGGUCGAUGACUUCCCUCUCCACCGCAGCGCCUGUGAAGGAGACGUGGAGCUGCUCUCCAAGCUUCUGGAAAGCGGUUUCUCCGUCAAGCAGCUGGACAGUGACCACUGGGCUCCUAUUCACUACGCCUGCUGGCACGGUAAAGUUGAGGCGACCAAACUGCUGCUGGAGAAAGGAAACUGUAAUCCCAACCUGCUGAACGGACAGCUCAGCUCCCCUCUGCACUUUGCAGCCAGGGGAGGACACGCGGAGAUAGUGCAGUUGCUGCUGCAGCACCCCGAGAUCGACAGGCACAUAGAAGACCAACAAAAGAGAUCCCCUCUGCAAGUGUGUGAGGAGAACAAACAGAAUGAAUGGGAGGAGGCCAUGAAGCUUUUGCAACAAGCAAACACCAAACCCUAUGAGAAGGUGCGUAUCUACCGCAUGGACGGCUCAUAUCGCUCAGUGGAGCUGAAGCACGGCAACAACACAACAGUGCAGCAGAUCAUGGAAGGCAUGCGUCUCUCACAGGACACCCAGCAGUACUUCACCAUCUGGAUCUGCUCCGAGAACCUCCACCUGCAGCUGAAGCCGUAUCACAAGCCCCUGCAGCACCUGCGGAUCUGGACGGAGAUCGUGACGGACCUUACGGUGCUGGAUCCUCAGAGGGAAUCACCUCAGCUCUUCCUCCGGAGAGACGUACGACUGCCUCUCGAGGUUGAGAAAAAGGUGGAGGAUCCUCUGGCCAUCCUCAUCCUUUUCGACGAGGCCCGUCACUGCCUCCUCAAAGGCUUCUUUCCCGCUCCGGACAGCAAACUGAUCACACUCGCCAGCCUCCUCCUGCAGAUCAUCUACGGCAACUAUGAGAGCAAGAAACACAAACAAGGAUUCCUCAACGAGGAAAACCUCAAAUCUAUUGUGCCGAUAUCCAAGGUGAAAAGUAAAGCGUACCACUGGACAAACAGGAUCCUGCAUGAAUACAAAGCUCUGAGCACCAGCGAGGGCGUCAGUAAAGAGAUGCACCACCUGCAGCGACUCUUCCUGCAGAACUGCUGGGACAUCCCCACCUAUGGAGCAGCCUUCUUCACAGGCCAGGUCUACACCAAGGCCAGCGCCAGCAACCACAAGGUCAUCCGAGUCUACGUGGGGGUCAACACAAAGGGGCUGCACCUCAUGAAUAUGGAGACUAAGGUCCUUCUCAUCAGUUUAGAGUACAGCACGUUCAUGUGGCAGCUCGGGCAUGCUGACCAGUACUUCCAGAUACACAGCGGGGACAACAAAAUGAACUUCAUUGUGCACACAAAACAGGCUGGCCUUAUUGUGAAGCUCUUGAUGAAGCUGAGUGGACAGAUGACUGCAAACGAUAAAGGCAUAAUGGACAAAUAUGCAUACGGCUGA